AUGCAUCGUCUCAGUUUCAAAGUGGAGCAACCAGGAGCCAGAACGCAGAAUCUGGCUCGAACUCAGGUCUUUCUUGUGGGAGGACAUAGUCCRCUGGCCCUCUUUCCUGGCUGGAAGUUGGGGCACUACGAUGUCGUYGUAGGAGUGUUGUCAGCGCGGCACAACCAUGAGCUGCGCAGCGUCAUCAGGGACACGUGGUUCAAGCACUUGAAACAACAUCCCGCGCUGAGCCAACGUGUCCUUGUGAAGUUUAUAAUAGGUGCGCAUGGCUGUGCUGUGCCAGUGGAGGACAGAGAAGAUCCCUACUCCUGCAAGCUGCUCAACAUCAGUAACCCAGUUUUAAACCAGGAAAUAGAGGCGUUCAGCUUCCCAGCGAACAGACCUUCCGUGCUCUCCGAGGACAGGGUUGUCAGUGUGAACUUCCGAGUGCUUUACCCCAUUGUCAUUACCAGCCUUGGGGUGUUUUAUGAGGCUGACRGUGUGGGAUUCCAGCGCAACAUCACUGUAAAGCUGUACCAGGCAGAGCACGAGGAGGCCCUCUUCAGCGCUCGCUUCAGCCCGCCCAGCUGCGGCGUGCAGGUCAACGGGCUGUGGUACAAGCCAGUGGAGCAGUUCAUUUUGCCCGAGAGCUUCGAAGGCACCAUCGUGUGGGAAAGCCAGGAUCUUCAGGGCCUUGUUUCGAGAAACCUUCAGAAAGUGGCAGUGAAUGACGGAGGAGGGGUUUUCAGAGUCACCACAGCAGGGGAAGGGUCGUUGCCACACGAAUUCACGGAAGGUGUGGAGGGAGUAGCAGGUGGCUUCAUCUACACUAUUCAGGAGGGUGAUGCCCUUCUGAGAAGCCUACAUACCCGCCCUGAAAGGUUUGCAAGUCAUAUCAAAAAACUCGAGCAAGAAGACGCUUUAUUGAAGGAGGAGAGCAGUGCCUAUGACGAUAUUGUUUUCGUAGAUGUCGUUGACACUUACAGAAAUGUUCCAGCCAAACUGCUGAACUUCUACCGAUGGACGGUCGAAUCAACGAGCUUUGAUUUGUUGCUGAAGACGGAUGAUGACUGUUACAUUGACCUGGAGGCUGUUUUUAACAGGAUAGUGCAGAAAAACCUGGACAGGCCAAACAUUUGGUGGGGAAAUUUCAGACUAAACUGGGCGGUUGAUCGAACUGGGAAAUGGCAAGAACUGGAGUACCCCAGUCCCGCCUAUCCAGCCUUCGCCUGCGGGUCUGGCUAUGUCAUCUCCAAAGACAUCGUCGAGUGGCUGGCCAGCAACUCCCAGAGGUUGAAGACGUACCAGGGUGAGGAUGUGAGCAUGGGCAUCUGGAUGGCAGCUGUAGGGCCCAAGCGAUACCAGAACUCGCCGCAGGAGCUGCGGCAGCUCUGGGGAGCCAAGGAGCGCUGCGGGGAUCCCUGCCGCUGCCGGCACUCGUGACGCGCUCGCCUCGGCGGCACCACGGGCCCGCUGCCUCCGCCUCUGGAAACAGGAUGGACUAGUAAGGUACCACUUAAUAAUGCUGGGUUCCAGCUGCGGUGUUCCCUGUAUUUGCACAGCCCUUUUGAUAACUACAGGCAGACUGAUACUGUCCAUUUUCUAUAGUGUAGRCGGUGAUCAGACAAAACCAAAACGUUUAAGAUAAGCAAUCUCCUUUUUAUAUAAAAAGUCAAAGAACUACUUGUAAUUAAUAAAUGCACAUAAGAAUGCCACCUGACCUGUCUUUUGUAAGUGAGAAUACUACUGAUUUAACUCCGUGUAGAGCUGUACCAGUGUCCAGCUAAGAGCUGUGCCCAGCCCGGGGCAAGCCUUGCUGCAGCAGGGCCUCUGCUCAGCCCUGCUGCAGGGGCUGCUCCGAGAGGCUGGCCCAGCUGGGGUUACGAUCUAUGUUUCCUUUGCUUCCCCUGUUGUCGUGUUGGAGAGAACGGUAUCCAAGUUUGCCUAUACCAAACGCUGAAGUACUGCAAACUUAGCCUGUCUCYGAGGGGUUUCUCAUAGCGUGAUGCAUUGUUAGAGAUGAAGCUGGAGGUAGAAAGUUAAAGUGAGUUUGAGCAACGGAACACUAAGGAAUGUGAAAUAACUAGUAAUUCCCUGCAGGACGCUGAGAACUUAGUUAUACUGCAGGAUGCUAAUGCUGGAGGUAGAAUGAAGGUCUGUUCUUAAGUAGCCUAAGGUGCAUAGGUACUUGCACAGUUACUGCUGUUCCACUUUUGUUUGCUUUAAGGGCUUUGGAAAACGGUGAAAACAAACCAGUAAGUAGCCUCUUUAGCCUCUCUCCGUGCAGCA